AGUGGCGCGGCUCGGCGCUGCCAUCUUUGUAUCAAUCUUGUCGAUUUUGCUUGGCGCCUUUCCUGUAUAGGUUGUUCACUGUAGUGGUAAUAGUGUGUUACACGUUUCAAAAUGGCUGGUGGUAAAGCGGGUAAAGAUUCAGGCAAAGCCAAGGCUAAAGCAGUAUCUCGAUCGGCUAGGGCAGGACUGCAGUUCCCUGUGGGAAGAAUACAUAGACAUCUUAAAAAUAGGACAACAAGCCACGGCCGUGUUGGUGCUACGGCCGCAGUAUAUUCAGCGGCUAUUCUGGAAUAUCUAACUGCCGAGGUAUUGGAAUUAGCGGGGAAUGCAUCCAAGGAUUUAAAAGUGAAACGCAUCACCCCCCGGCAUUUGCAGCUAGCUAUCCGAGGAGAUGAAGAGCUGGACAGUCUAAUCAAGGCCACCAUUGCAGGCGGUGGAGUCAUACCUCACAUACACAAAUCCCUUAUCGGCAAAAAAGGUGGCCCUGGAGCUCCGGUUUAACUGAAGUAUGUGAAGGUGAGAGUUGCAUUUGACAAGGAAGUUUUCAGCAUUGUAUAAUUGAAGGCCCAUCAAUAAACAUAGUUUUCUAUAACGGUAGUGAUGUGGAUAAGUGGAGUGACAUCAUAAAACUGUCUGUCAGGACUAUAUAGCUAGUAAGACCUAGGAAAUAUUUUAAUAUUAAGGAGAUUUAAAAAUAUAAAUGUAUUAGAAUAAGUUUUUAAAUUUUUGGUUCAACAAAUAUGGUUUAUUUUGCUAAUAUUUGAGGCAGUCACAUUGUCACCGCCCUCAGCCUGAUGCUGCUGCAAUGUUUGCUAUUUCUCUAUAAAAACAUAUAGAAAUUGUAUUAAGUUUGUACUCUGUUACAUUUACUAUUUAGUAUUUUGAUUUGUAAUUGACAAAUUGCUUAAUGCAAAUUUUUUUUUUUUUCAUUAUUGUUCAAAGUAAUUUUGGUAUGAUUGAACUGUUAUAUGGUAUAAGAAGUGUAUUUUGAUCUUUAAAUAUAUUGAAGAAGCACUGAUGUUUGUUUAUUCAUA